CUUAAUUCAGGCGCUUAAUUGUUUCAAUUACCGGUGUCUGACGACACAUAUACCAUUAAUACGCGCCUAUAGGUGAAAUACCAUGAUCCGGUAUACUGCCCGGAAUCUCAUCACUUUACAUGGGUUAAGUUUCGUCCAUACAUCCUUCCCUGAUUCAUCACGCCUUCUGUUGUCAGCUCGGAAGUAUAUACAUAUAUAUAGGUCUGUACAUAGUGUGUAUAUAUAUACAUGUAUAUAUACAGCAAACAAAUCUGUAUAAAUCGAGAAUCGGAUAAGACUGUUUAAUUUGUAAAUGCAGUGGACACAGACCGAACGGAGUUACAGCGUUAAAUAUCUGCGAUUGGAUUCAAGAAAUAUUUGGCUAAGUCUAUAGAGAUGGACACACGCAAACAUUCUCUGGGACUGGGAAAUUUGCGCAAGAUAUGCGUAUCUUACUUUCAAGACGUCCUUAUUGGCCUGUACAAUGUUAGAGUGAAAGUGGAUUGCAAAACGAAGCCGUUCAAAUCCGAUCGAGAGCUGCCGGCUGUCAGCAGCGUGAAGGUAUCUGAAACAACGACUCAGGUCAUCGAAAGACUCAAGCUCACCUUUCCAGUGGUGAGUCCGCACUUCAAGAACUUGUUGAGCAUUUGCAAUGAGCUCACCAAAGCUGACAAACCGUCUGAGCUGUUGUACGCCUUGAGACAAACAACUAAAGAAGCUCGCAGUGUCCUCAAUGAGCUGGAAGUGGAAGAUGAGCUCUUCAUUGGAACUGUCCCACUGGACAUUCAGAAACCAUAUAUCAGACUGAAAGCACAGGACAACAACAAUAGAGUGAUAUUUGAAUGGGACCCGGAAGCAUUAGUUGAGGAUUUCAUGUCCUCGGUUUCCGCAUUGGCGCAAAAGCUCCGAGAAGACAAGCGCAGCCCAAGCACCGAGGAGUAUCUGGCAUUCCAGCUUGCAUACUUUAAUCUCGGUCGGGGUAAAUUCAUGAACCACGAGGGGUUCCACGGCCUGGGCACCCCGGGAUUCCGACCUCACACCCAGACCUACAUGUCCCUCACAGAUCCCGGAGACGGCCAUGUUCUGGGCACCACCAGGUUCGAGGAAUGGAUGAAAGGCGCCAUCGUCCACGUGGAACAUCUGGAGAGACCCAACCACCUGCCCAGAGAGAACAUCGAGUCUUACAGAAUUCCCUCCCUUUACGACUUCACCAAGGUCAGGCUACACGUCGGUUCCACCGCCCCAACCACCUAUUUCGUCGGCCGCAGGGUCAAAGAUUCCGGAUCCUUCGAUGAAGACUUCCUGAAACUAGUCAACAUUACGGCUGCAUCAGCGUCUGCUGCUUUUUUCCAAGGAGCUGCGGAGUGUAAAGUCGCCAUGGAAGGAUUGUCCACGUCACAGGCCGUAAGAUACAUGCAGGCCCUUCGGGGACAGGUCCAGAGAUCCCGGAAACAGUUCUUGUCUGCAGCAUGGAACCUCAACCAAACAGUCCUUGACGAUUACAAACAGGAAGCGCCCAUCAACUUGGAGGAGAGAAUGAAUAUAGCAACGAGAGCUAUCGAGAUCACGUCGAUUGGAGGUUUUGACAAAGUGACCUGGGACGGCGCCAGCGACACCUAUCCCUCCAAGUGUAUCAUGUACCAGCUGAGCUUUGAGGAAGCCUUGACUCUGGUUCACGAGGCUCACCUCCGAGGGCUGGUCACCUAUUUCUCAGCAGGUUUCAAGUUUGACGAAAUCAAACACGCCGUGUACGCCGGUGUUGACGGCAUUGGAAUUGGUGGCGCUCAGGUUCUGCGCUUCAUGGACAGCGAGACGGGCAUGCACGGACCGUACACGGAAGAGAACAUCCCACGGAUCUUGGCCAACCGAGACGAAGCGGCCAAGUCUAUUCGUGGACGUGGUGUUCACUUGUUGGCUCGUUUGGAUACCAUGUUCUUUGAAGGUUCCAUCACCUCAGAUCAGAACAUCCUCAGGUAUGAACUUUUCACUGCUCUUCUCACCAGAAACGAGCGGAGGAUAGAAGAGCUGAUUCAGCAACUUGUAGACAUCGUCAACCUCCCUGAAGAAGGAAACCUUCCUUGGUUGAACUGUGCCAAGAGAAUUCUGAACUCCCCGGCACCUUUGCUGCGCGAGCGCUGCGAAAGCCCUGAGAUUUGGAAAAGUUUCUUGGAGAAUUUAGAAUUUCUGGUCUUUGACGAAGACGACGAAGACGGCGUUGCGGAGGAAUAUGAGAAUGAGCCUUGGCUCGGUUUUCGGAAGGUUUACAGGGAAUGGCAGACAAAUAACCAUAAGGUUGUGACACGGCAGGCCUCGUUUACUGUUCCCUACAAGGCCUAUAGCUGAAAGAAUAAGUAUUACCCGUGAAUGUAACGACAGAAAACUUACAGAAAAUUAAACUGUGUACGCGCAUUAAGUUUCAAAUGAUAUAAAGGUUCAUUGUUUGUGUCUUACACAGGCAUGGGGCUGUCGGAAUGAUACAACUAAACCUGCAUAAUGUGCGGUUUCGAUUAUAACUUAAAUAUAAAAAUAUCGCAUCCAAAAACCAUCAGGUGGGCAAAAGUCCAACAUUCGUAUACCAGUUGUAAGCGUAUUUUUGAGUUUUACCAUGACAACAGAAUACUUUUUUCUUGGUGUACAAGAAAAAUAUCGGGCGUUAAGACAAAAUCAAUCAUGCGUUCAUUUCUGGUGUUUCGGCAAACACGUCGUUUUGUUUUACGAGGAUCUUUGUCAUAAAAUGCGGAUUUCCAUCGUCUACGCCAAAAUAUUUAACACUCUUCAGAGAAUUCUGUAAAAUGAAGUAUUCAUGCAGAAAUAAAAUCUAUAUCAAAAACUG